CAGGCAAACCAACUUUUUUCACGCCGCGCGGUUUAAACAGGAAAUUGCAGACCAAAGGAAAUACUGCCCAUAUCAUGUGACCGGAUCUGGAUUUCUCGAGACAUCUCGUACCUCUACAUCGGUUUCGGUAUUUUGCGAGAUUUGAGGGCAAGGGGCGUUUGGGAGAGUGCUUUUAGUGCUUUCCUCUGAGGACGACCGGCGGCGAGGAAACAUGGCGCUGAACGCGAGAGUCACCAACUUGGCCAAGCAGUGCAUGGCACAGUGCAAGAGAAACUACGGUGUCAGCGCCGUCCUAAUGCAGAAGUCGCUGGACCCCAUUCAGCAGCUGUUCGUCGACAAGAUCCGAGAGUAUGCGCAAAAGAGCAAAUCCAAGAGCGAGAUGUUUGUCGAUGCUGACCCCUCCAUCAACAAGGAGUACGAUGAUGAAUUGAAGAAAGUAGCACACCAGUAUGGUGGCACAUCAGCUGCCGAUAUGACAGAGUUUCCAAAGUUCGAGUUUCAAGAUCCAACAUUGGACCCCAUCAACUUGGAACAAAAGAAGUGAUGUACAGACAGCAAUACCUUGUUAGAAUAAAGUAAUUAAAAUGGGUGCAUUUAUUUGUA